AAUAUGAAACGUAAUUCUCUCUUUUAUAAUAUUUCCCCCAAAUGCAAACAAACAGAGAAGAGAAGUCCACUUCCAACUCCUACCUCGUUCUCCGCUAAUCAUUCAUACACUACCUCGAGCUUUUACUUGACGCUCUCUUCUGCUAAAUCCCCAUGAUUUCAUUUCUCCUUCUCCUUGUCAAGACGCUCACUCUUUUCAACUCCUAAAAGCAUAAAUCUGCAUACCAACCAAAUUAAUCCUCAAAGAAAAAGACAAAGAAGAAAAACCCAUUUCUCAUUCAGAUUCAAAACUGCCAUGUACUUAUCGGAAAAGCCCCGUCCAAUAGCCUUAUACAAAGAGGAAGGUCCUGCCACUGCCCGUGACAUGAUCAUCGAGGUCACCACCAAUGGGGAUUUGCCACCUCACCACCACCCUCUUCCUCUCCAACAACAGCAACAGCAAAUGAUUUUGGGUGAAAGCAGCGGCGAAGACCCAGAAAUCAAAGCCCCCAAGAAACGAGCCGAGACAUGGGUCCAAGACGAAACCCGUAGCCUGAUCGGCUUUCGAAGAGAAAUGGACGGCCUUUUCAAUACUUCCAAAUCGAACAAGCACUUGUGGGACCAGAUAUCGGCUAAGAUGAGAGAAAAAGGGUUCGAUCGAUCGCCGACUAUGUGCACGGACAAGUGGAGGAACUUGUUGAAGGAGUUUAAGAAAGCUAAGCAUCAAGAUAGAGGGAGUGGGUCAGCUAAGAUGUCUUAUUAUAAGGAAAUUGAAGAGAUUUUAAGCGAGAGGACGAAGAAUGCUUAUAAGAGUCCAACUCCUCCUCCUAAGGUUGAUUCAUUUAUGCAUUUCUCUGAUAAGGGUUUUGAGGAUACUGGCAUAUCAUUUGGUCCUGCUGAAGCUAGUGGUAGGCCCGCACUUAAUCUUGAAAGACGUUUAGAUCAUGAUGGUCAUCCUCUUGCUAUCACCCCAGCUGAUGCAGUUGCAGCCAGUGGAGUUCCUCCGUGGAAUUGGCGAGAGACCCCUGGAAAUGUUGGCGACUGUCAGUCAUAUGGAGGAAGGGUUAUAACUGUCAAGUUUGGGGACUACACCAGAAGGAUUGGUAUCGAUGGUACAGCAGAUGCCAUAAGAGAGGCAAUUAAAUCUGCUUUUAGAUUGAGAACUAAGCGUGCAUUUUGGUUGGAGGAUGAAGACCAUAUAGUUCGUAGCCUUGACAGGGAAAUGCCUUUAGGGAAUUAUACACUCCACCUUGAUGAAGGUUUGGCUAUAAAACUGUGCCUCUACGACGAGUCAGAUCAUAUACCAGUCCACACGGAGGAGAAGAUUUUUUACACGGAAGAUGAUUAUCGUGAUUAUCUAGCCCGUCGUGGCUACACAGGUCUCAGGGAGAUUGAUGAAUACAGAAACAUUGAUAAUAUGGACGACCUUCGACCUAAUGCUAUAUAUCGAGGUGUGAGCUGAAAGCUGGUGCAUCUUGCUUGCCCAAAUGCAGUGCUCUCAAGAGGCUAUAAAGUUGCCUUGUCUUGACACAAGUGUGCAUGUGGGAUAUUCUAAUAUUUGCUCUGGUGCAUUCUGAAGAUUGCGAUUAUGUUGUUCACAUUAACGCUUGCCAAUCAAUCCUGAACCCUACUCAGCUGUUAAUAAUAGCCGGUUGUAUAAUGUUACUUCGCAGGCUUUGGGCUCCGGCCUCCAGUAUAGUUACUGUCAAUGUGGCGAGGACGUCCCCUUUGUUUGUAAAAUAUGCAUUUCAGAUAUUAUUUCUGGCUAGGUUUUCGAUGGGGUCAAUUACAGCAUUUUGAUUGCAGUCAGCGAUUUGACAUGAA